AUGUCUUCCCGGAGUAGGACGAUCCCAGAAUGCACUGUCGAUAUGCUCUGGGAGUCUCGGCAGCAGUCUGUUUCUGCCUCGCGGUCAAAAACUUCCGAAUGUGGCACUGCGCGUCAUGCCCAGUGCUCGGAAUCCUUAGCUUCGCUGGAUGCGAGAGUCGGGGUACAGCCGGAAGAAACGGAAAUCCGUGUGGACACGGACCCAUCACCAGGGUUAAGUGGAGCUCCCGGCGAGUACGCUUGUUUCUGUCCCUCAGCUGUUACGGACUUUAGUCACUCUUGCUGGCCCAGCGCUGCAGCGGACACCUGUGCCAGCUCUGUACGUUGGUACAAACAUCUGCUUCUGGUGCGUGUCCAAGCGACGAAGGCAUUCCAUGGUGGAGGUGCAGUGAUUGCUGGCAGUUUGGUAAACUUUCAUGUGGGUCAUCGACGGACAACACCUGAAGCCGCAAACGUUCAGUGUAUUGUUACUCCGCAGAGCUGGAAUCACAUACGGAAAUCAGCGGAGGAUCGUUCAAGGAUGGCAUCCGGCGGGGGGCGAGACAAAGAAAUGGUGCCAAACAAGCAGACGCAAUCGGUCAUGGACGAGACUCCCCCCCAACUUGCAAACGGAAUUGCUGGUCAGGAAAAGAUAAUCCAUAAGUCAAAAGAACCGGUGAUCUUAGCCCUUCUAAAACCACGAGUGCUGCGAGUGCAGCAAGAAGACGCUGGGUGGGGCAGCGUAGGUGGAUCCGGAUGGGCCGCGGUGAAGAGGGGAAGGCGUUGGCUGUUGCUUCAUGCCGGCGUUGUGCCUGUGAAGUGA